AUGAGACGUCGCGUUAAUUUGUCUCGUUCGUCAGCGCACCUCCGGACGCAUUCCCCGAGUCGUGUUACAAGCCACGUGCCAAGGGAUUUGUCAGCGAGCGCUUUCACUUUUCUUUUAGUGAGUGCAGGGGUCGUUGACACGCUGUUCGUCGUGAACCCGGAGGAAUGCUCUCCCCGUUUCCACAUCUUAAUGAGCCAUAAAUCCAUUUGUUAUUAUUGGGUGUCCGCAUCUCGAAUUAGAGACACAGCGUUGACCGCACGGCAUUUCAUUCAUCCGAAGGCCGCUGCAAAUUAA